AUGCCGCCACCCAAGGAAGGUCUUGCGUGCCCUGUCCUUCCCUGUCCUGCCCUGACUGGCCUUCGAGACGAGGGCAUGCAUCCGACAGGGCCGUCAUCCGCUGCCACGAUGUCUUUGAUAGUCGCGCGGCUCAGCGUCGUGCGGCUCCGUAUCGGACCCUCAGCGGUCGAUCGCGGGCCGGCACUACGUUGUCUUCCUCGGGCAGAUGCACAUGCACAUGCAACAUGA